UCAAUCAACUCGGCUCGAUCUAGCGAGCGAUUUAAGGCCGACCAAUGAGGCGCCGGACCUCGGGGGCAUAAAUAUGGGUAUUCUGGGCCUUGGAGACAGCUGCGAAACCAAACCUGUUUCAUAGCUGAGCAUGGAAACCCCCGCAGGGAGCCUUUUUUCACUUUCUCCACCCCCUGCCCCGACCAGAGGGAGGCGUUUGAAGAGGCAGCGUGCGGCUAUGGAUGCUGAUGAUAGCGACGAGGACAUUUUUUUCAAGAAAUGUGCCAAAAAGCUGUUUCCGGGGUCUGAGGGUGAUGCUGGACCAACCGACCAGAAGCAGACCCGUGAUGCCUGUGUUUCAACAGAAGAUGGUGUUGAACAGAAUAAGCAUGUCAAGAUGGAGAACUUCACCCUUUUCAGCAUGGCCGAUUCUCUCAGGGACAGAAAGUCCAUGGCCGAAGUCAUGAGGUGCAACGCAAAACUCAGGGUGGCUGAUAUACCAAGUGUGGAACCCUCAAAAAGAAGAUCUGCUAUUGGGCAACUCUCAAGAGCAACCCUUUCUGUAAUUAUGAAAUGGUGUCUGAAUGAUUUAUGCCAUGCCAUGUGCACCGCCUGCCAGAAUAAUUGCAAGGAUUUGAACAGCCACGAUUGUAUACAAUGUGAUUUUGAUGAACGGUUGAGGUCUGUGUGUCACAAUGUCUGUUUAGAACCAAUUAUUCAAGUAAUCACGCAUCUUGGAUUGUGUACUGGGUGUUUGUCACUGAACAACAGCCAUUUUGUCACUCUGGCCAAAUUUGUGAAAAAUGUGGAGUCGGCUAGCUGUCCUACAGAAUGCUUGCAGAAAUUCUCUGACAAAUGUAACCAGGAUUUUGUGGUUCUUGUAAAAAAAUAUCUGGCGUUGAAUGUUGGUAGUCGUACUUUGAAUGUAUUCUUUUCCAAGUAA